GGCGCGCGCUCCGGGCUGCCGCCUGCUCCAGCCGGGGGUCGGGUGAGGGUGUGCAGACAGGGUGUCUGCCUGCCGGCCGGUGAAUCAACAGCAGGGCAACGGCAGUGCAGAGCUCACCUGCGGGUGAACAUUCAGAAAGGUUCCCUUUUGUGCUCGUGUGCAGGCAGUAGCGGCAAAGCAUCAUGAUGUCCCAUGUCGAAAACCGUUCCACGACCUAUGUGGAAAAUCGCAGGGUGACCCAGGUGGAAAGCCGCACGACGACCCAGACAGAGACCGUGCAGUACAAUCACAACUAUGAGUACGAACUGGAGGACUACAUGAUGCAAGAGGACGAUUGGGACAGAGACCUCCUCUUGGACCCUGCCUGGGAACAACAGCAAAGAAAGACUUUCACUGCUUGGUGCAAUUCACAUUUGCGGAAAGCUGGCACUCAGAUCGAAAAUAUUGAAGAAGACUUCAGGAAUGGCCUUAAACUGAUGUUGCUUUUGGAAGUUAUUUCUGGUGAGCGCCUCUCAAAGCCAGACCAGGGCAAGAUGCGGUUCCAUAAAAUCGCGAAUGUGAACAAAGCUCUGGACUACAUAGCCAGCAAAGGAGUAAAACUUGUAUCAAUUGGUGCUGAAGAAAUAGUAGAUGGGAAUGUGAAGAUGACUCUGGGAAUGAUUUGGACGAUCAUCCUUCGUUUUGCUAUUCAGGAUAUUUCUGUAGAGGAAACAUCUGCUAAGGAGGGUCUACUCCUCUGGUGCCAGAGAAAGACUGCUCCAUAUAGGAACGUAAAUGUGCAGAACUUCCACACAAGCUGGAAAGAUGGCCUUGCUCUCUGUGCACUCAUCCACAGACACCGACCUGACCUUAUUGACUACUCCAAGCUACAAAAGGACGAUGCCCUUUACAACUUGAACCUUGCCUUUGAGAUUGCAGAAAAAGAACUGGAUAUUCCAAAAAUGCUGGAUCCAGAAGAUUUUGUAAAUACAGCAAGACUUGACGAAAGGGCUGUUAUGACUUAUGUUUCCUGUUACUACCAUGCGUUUGCAGGUGCAAGGAAGGCUGAGAUGGCAGCUAACAGAAUUUGCAAGAUACUGGCGGUUAAUCAGGAGAAUGAAAAAUCAAUGGAAGAUUAUGAGAAGCUGGCCAGUGAGCUCCUGCAGUGGAUUAAGAGGACCAUCCCCUGGCUGGAAAAUCGGACCCCAGAGAAGACCAUGCAGGCCAUGCAGCAGAAGUUGGAGGAUUUCCGAGACUAUCGCCGUCUGCACAAACCCCCCAAAAUCCAAGAGAAGUGUCAGUUGGAAAUCAACUUCAACACAUUGCAGACCAAGCUGAGGAUCAGCAACAGGCCAGCCUUCAUGCCUUCCGAGGGCAAAAUGGUUUCAGAUAUUGCAGGUGCAUGGCAGCGUCUUGAGCAGGUAGAAAAAGGCUAUGAGGAAUGGCUCCUGAGUGAAAUCAGAAGGUUGGAGCGUUUGGAGCACCUUGCUGAGAAGUUCAGACAGAAAGCCACAUCUCAGGAAGUAUGGUCACAUGAGAAAGAUUAUAUUUUGAUGCAAAAAGACUAUGAAUCCGUUAGUUUGAGUGAAGUCCGGGCCCUGCUGAGAAAACAUGAGGCAUUUGAGAGUGAUCUGGCUGCGCACCAGGACCGAGUGGAGCAAAUAGCUGCCAUCGCACAGGAGCUGAAUGAGUUGGAUUAUCACAAUGCUGCUGGAGUAAAUGAACGAUGCCAGAAGAUUUGUGAUAAAUGGGAUAAUUUUGGAACUCUCACUCAGAAGCGGAGAGAAGCUUUAGAGAGAACCGAAAAAUUAUUGGAAACUGUUGAUCAGCUCUUCUUAGAAUUUGCAAAGAGGGCUUCCCCCUUUAACAACUGGAUGGAAGGAGCAAUGGAAGAUCUGCAAGACAUGUUUAUUGUUCACAGCAUUGAAGAAAUUCAGAAUCUUGUAAUGGCUCAUGAACAGUUUAAAGCCACCCUUCCAGAAGCAGACAGUGAGAGACAAGCCAUUCUGGGAAUUCUCAAUGAAGUACAGAAGAUUAGUCAGACCUAUGGCAUUUCAUUUACAAUGUCCAAUCCAUAUACCACCAUAACCCGUGAAGAAAUUAAUGCCAAAUGGGACAAGAUGAAGCAAAUGGUUCCUCAGAGAGACUCAGCCCUGCAAGAGGAGGUUGUACGGCAGCAUUCCAAUGAGCGUCUCCGUCGGCAGUUUGCCAGCCAGGCUAAUGUCGUUGGACCUUGGAUCCAGCGUAAGAUGGAGGAUAUAGCUCAAAGUUCUAUUUCAAUGAGUGGAACACUGGAAGAUCAGAUGAACCAACUGAAACAGUAUGAGGAGGUGGUCAUUAACUACAAACCCAAUGUUGAUAAGCUAGAAGGAGAACAUCAGCUCAUUCAAGAGGCCCUCAUCUUUGACAACAAGCACACCAACUAUACCAUGGAGCACAUCCGAGUUGGCUGGGAGAUGCUGCUCACUACAAUUGCCAGGACUAUCAAUGAGAUCGAGACGCAGAUUCUAACAAGAGAUGCAAAAGGAAUCACUCAGCAACAAAUGAAUGAAUUCCGGGCUUCAUUCAACCACUUUGACAGGGAUGAUUCUGGCAAGCUGCGACCAAAGGAAUUCAGAGCCUGCCUCAUCAACCUUGAACAUGUUGGCAAUGAUAUACAGAAGAAGAAUGGAGCGAUGGAGCAUGAUGAUCUCAGAGCUUGUCUCAUCUCCAUGGGUUUUGAUCUGGGGGAGGCUGAGUUUGCUCGGAUCAUGAACUUAAUUGAUCCAGAUAAUACUGGCAAAGUGACCUUCCAGUCCUUCGUCAACUUCAUGACCCGAGAGACUGCUGACACAGACACAGCCGAUCAGGUCGUGGCUUCCUUCAGGAUUCUAGCAGGAGAUAAGCCUUACAUUCUUCCUGAGGAAUUGCGUCGAGAGCUACCAUGCAAACAGGCUGAGUACUGCAUUUCCAGCAUGCCACCGUACCGAGGACCAGGCAGCAUUCCAGGAGCCCUGGACUAUGUCUCAUUUUCAACUGCGCUGUAUGGUGAAAGCGACCUGUAAUGAAGAAUUUUCGCAACCUUUUCUUUCCAAAGCUUAAAUAUUUUAAUGGUAGAAAGUGUGGAACAAUGAAUAACCUUGAAUGCAAAAUUAGAAGUGAAUGUCUAAAAUGGAUGUAGUGCUGUGUGUAGCACUUCGAGAAUGAAGAAGAAUGUCAGCCUGGUAUGAAUUGUAUUAAUGUUUGGGGAAAAUCCAUUAGCAUUUGAUGAGACUGAAUACCUUUUUGUGACUCAAAUCUGACUCCAAACCAUAUUUAAAAAUUUGAAAAUUUACCUUCCCUGGUAUUAAAGUUGACUCAUAGAUGACUUGAUAGAAUUGUUCAUGAAACAUGUAAGGAAAUUAUCUUUCCACUUGUACUUUAAAGUAAGCAGUUCAUACUCCUAUUACAGUAUUUCUAUGGAAAAACUCAAUUAUUCGUCAUAACUUAAAUGCAGUUUGUGACAGCGAUCAAGGAAUAAACUUAUGGGCCAGUCAUGAGCACAGAAACACUGUGCACAUCUCUCCUUUGGCACCCGCUGCUCUCCCAUGUUAGUACUUUGGGCGUAAAAAAGAAAACUGCAGAUGCUGAAAAUCUGAAAUAAAAACAGAAAAUGCUGGAAAUAUCCAUCAGGUCAAGCAGCAUCUGUAGAAAAGGGAAGCAAAGCUCACCUGAAACACGUAUUCCAAACACAAGAGACUCUGCAGAUGCUGUAAGUCCAGAGUAACACAGACAAAAUGCUGGAGGAACUCAGCAGGUCAGGCAGCAUCAAUGGAAUGGAAUAAAGAAU